UGUUGGAGCUUAUUAGCAUUCUAAUGGCUCUCCUAUAGGAAAAGCAUAUCGAAGUUGGUCAUCAGCGACUGGGGAAGCAAAAUAUUGUUUCGGUGCUAUCGAGUCGAAUGUGUCUCGUAUUUGAACGUUCUGGGGAAUCUUUUCCUUCUGGCAGGGCGUGUAGGAGUAUGCUGUCAUCAGUUUCCCGAGGUGAGGAGGUCGUUGGUUCGAGGUCAUAUGUAUGGCAGGCGGGCGAUUCAGCACGACAAUAAUCUACUCGAGUCUAAUUUACACGGAAACUAGGCUACUAAUUUACUAUAUUGGUUCAUUCUGUUGGGCACUCGCGUUGUCAAUACGCUGUACCGGUAUUGUGUGUAGGCCUCUGUGGUUACAUUUUAUGCAGUAGCCUCCGCGAGUGCAUGGCUUCAGCACCAUGGAAACUGAUCAUGAACAACCGAGGGGUAUCAGGGGUAGUUGGAUGCCCCGGACCGAUUUCAUAUUUUGUUGUCUCAGCUGGACGUUUUCUGUAGGACAUAUUUGGAGGUUACCUAACAUCAUCGCAAGUCAUGGAGGAGUUGUGUUCUUGAUCCCUUAUGCAUGUGCCAUAUUCGUCGUCGGAUACCCCAUGAUGUUCAUGGAGCUGAGCAUGGGCCAGUUCGCAUCAUCUGGCGUCGUGACGAUAUGGGAAUGCUGCCCCUUAUUCAAAGGUAUCGGUUACGCCGUGAUUGUGAUGCUCUUCCUUUCCCAAGUGAAUAUCUACGCGGCAUGGUCCUUGCACUACCUUGUCACAACCUGUGUCACCCCGACGGCCGAUUUUCCUUGGAGUACUUGCUUGAACGCCUGGAACACAAAUAACUGCGUGAAAAUUGAAUAUCGCCCUGACGGCAACUGGUCCGCCGACCCUGUUUGGCCCGACAAUGCAGUCAACCCUGCCGAUGAAUACUUCAGUCGAAACUUCCUGGAGUUUCAUCGUGUAACAGGGCUCGAGGACACUGGCAGGAUCCAGUUGGACCACUUGAUAGCCUUGGCAGUGGUGUGGGUGUUCGUGUUCUUUACACUUAUUGUUGGUCACUACUCCAUGGGCAAGGUUGCAUAUAUGACUACCAGCCUACCAAGUAUAUUCGUCAUUGUUUUGGCAGUUAGGGGAGCAACAUUACCAGGAUCUGUGACUGGUCUCAGAUACAUGUUUCAUCCGGACUUCGAUUUUAACCCCAUGGAAGCCAUUUCGCGAAAUAAAGAUGCUUAUGCAACUGUGAUAUACGAGUAUGGUCUUAUGUACGGUGUUUAUACUAUGCUGGGGAGUUAUAACAAACGAAAUUACAACUUUUAUCGGGAUUCGGCCAUCGUGACUGCGCUGACAGUUAUUUUCUCUCUCCUGUGUGUGCUGAUGAUCGCUGGCUUUUUGGGUCACGCCGGUCACAUUGAAGGUCGAUCGAUGAGUGAUGAAAUGACCUCGGGGACUUCCCUUGUAUUCAUCGCCAUGCCGAGUAUCCUAAGCACCUUGUCUGGGGCUAGGGUGUGGCUUUGUGUCUUCUUUCUCAUGAUAUUCAUGAUGGCCUUUGGGUCCCAGAUGCUAGCUACAGAAGCAAUAGUGACGGCCCUUACCGAUGAGUGGUUCCCGAGGCAUCUGAGCAAUCCUCGGCGGAUGGUGUUUAAGUCUAUGUUCGCUUUUCUUAUCUGUGCAAUAUUCUUUGCUCUUGGAGUGCCAUAUGUUACUUCAGCCGGUGGCUAUGUUUUGACGUUGUUGGAUAAUUUUGCCGCCACGUGGACUCCACUCUUCCUCUGUCUUUUUGCUUGUAUUGCCAUAACAUGGGUUUACGGAGUUGCUACUUACGCCUUCGAUGUUCAGACGAUGCUCGGCCAUAAACCUAACUACGCAAUCCUUGGGAACUUGCUGGUCCUGGCGCCACUUUUCCUUACAUUCGUUAUCAUUGCCCGGUGCAUAUUCCACAAGGCAGGGUUGUAUUACUCUGACUACACUGGUAUGUACCAGUACCCGUGGUGGGCAGAAGCGAUUGGCUGGUCGGUGACUGUUCUGUCUCUCUUGAUGGUAGCACUCUUUGCCUUUAUUCAUAUUCUACGGGUCACGGCUUGUAACAAGAACCAUUCCGGAUCGUCUUCCUGGCGAGAGAGAGUAUUCGGUUCCUCGGAGGAAUGGACCAGGCGCAAAGAACACUACCUGGCCUCCUUACCAUCUGACUCAGAACCAACCUCAGCAGGCGACUCCCCGAACGACAAGCUCAUAGGAUAUCCUGUCAUAAUGGAGAGCAGAACCUGAGCUUCCCUUGAAGUAGUCCGCCGAGGCUGACGAAAUGAGCUGGGUCCAGGCCGGUCUACCCAUUGGCCAACUCGUGCUAAGCGCCACCUGCAUUAAAAUCUAUGAAACAGACCACUUGGUUUCGCAUUUGCCUUGCUCAACUUGAGCCAUUUAGGUCCGACUGAUACCUGAUACCUGAUCUGUUGUCCUAAAAUUGUUUAUCAUGGGAUCUCGGAAAGCUUGGCGGGGCAACACCAUAGCCAGGAAUGUGACCAAGACAAACAAUUAUAUUAGCUGGUGAUAAAAAUAGUACGUGACCAGCUUCUGAACUCAACCCAGGUGAGGUCAACUGUCAGGUUGGUGAAAAACAGCAUCCAUCGCUUUCUCAGUCACUGCGAAUCCAAAUGGUCUGGAAAGAGGUUGUUGCCGAAUCGAAAGUGAACUAUCGUCUACCAUAAUUUGUUAGAUGUUGGACAAUCAUUUACAUUACAAACAAAAAUAUGUUGAGGGAUAACAAAACAACUUUGGUGUUGAAGGGGGGGGUAUGUUUUGGUAAUGCUGAAGCAAAAGCAAAGACAUGGUGUGGAAAUUGUACAAUGAAAGCAUUGUAAUACAUGUAAUAGUAAAUGUAGUCGCUAAUUCAGAUCCAUCUACUGGUGGCCAGUGUCUUUUGGCUGUGACCACCAUAACUUACCGGAAGUGAUGUCGUUUCGUUAAUCCCCCAGGGAGAUGUCUGAUAUUAUUCUGCCUCAUGGUAUUUUUCUACAACCUUCGAAUUUUGUACUGUACUUGUCAACCCUUGGUGCCAUCUCUUAUUUUGUAUCUUAUAUGCAUAUAAUAUUUUGUUGAGAGGAUAAAAAAGAACAUGCCGGUUGGCACUUAUUACGAUAACUGUUUUAGGGACACAAGAUGCCAGCAAGUUCAAUGUCAUCAGAAAUUACCUUGGCCAGCAAGGUUGUUAGAUCUUAUUUUCCGCAACCUCACUAUGAGGGGAUUCACUCAGAAUUUUUAUGAGAUCUGUUUACCAUAUUUGUUAUAUACCCAUCUCUACGAUGUUAUACUUAUUUGCUAGACACGUAAUUCUACUUUGCUACUCAUAUAUAUACAUGUGCACAAUCUAUAAAUACACAAUGUUGCCAUACUACAAUAAGCUGUAGAUUGAAAUGAAAUAUAAUAAUUUGUACAUUUUAAA